GGCAAGAUCAUCUGCAUUUGAUUGUAACAACUAUACCGAACGAUUUUUCCAUACAGAUUUACGUGAUAUUUUGUUUGAUAUAAUCUAGUGAAUGACCUUUGUCGUUCAUAGGUUUUCCCGCUUGGCCAUUUUAAAUCAAAAGAUAAAUGAACUUUCGCCAUUCAUUAAGCAUACUUAUCGGCUUAUAAGUCUCUCUGAGAUAAGAUAUCGACUGACCGCCCAUCUGUACAGCCCUUUGGUAACCUUACAGUUGGCCUUAAGUUUAUCCAACAGAAUUUUAUAUCUUAGUGACUUGUGAUGAGAUACCGGUUUGUCCGGGGUACUUUGUGUUUUUAAAAACUGAGGUUACUGUAUCGUAACUUGUUUGAUCUUUCGGCAGCCAUAUUUAAGAUGGCGUGGCGGAAUUCAUUUUUCAGUAGAGUAUGAACGAGAAGACGUGAAGGUAACUUGAGUGGAAUUUAUAUUGUUUACCUUAUUAUUUUUCAAUCAUUGUGUCGGCCUUCCGGCCGGAAGGUGACAUUGCUCGUUGGAAGUUUAGGCAAAAUUAUCCAGUAAAUCAAAUUCCUUUUGUUCCCGUUUAUGAUUUCCAAUGAAAAAUAGUAUUUUAAUCAUGUGGUAGGCGCGUAACCAUGUGUAUGUAACGGCAAAUAUCGUUGUUGCGGAGAAAAAAAUCAAAUCUUGAAACAAUGUCAGAGAACGAGGAGCAUUUUACAAUCGGGGAUGUGAUCGAGGUGGUCAGCAUGGAGAACGAAACGAUCAAAGGGGCGGUGGAGAAUUUCGACUGGAACACCGGGCUGAUGGUGCUCAAGAACACAUCCAAAAUCCCAAAGUACGGCAACUUCUGCGUCCUAGACCUGAACUUCGCCAAAAGCGCCAUCUUGAAGAGUGUCAACGGGAACAAGCUGGCCAAGGAGCUCGACCUCUGCCUCCUCCUACCUGAAAACGACCAGAAGUGCGGCUACACCAUCCGGAGAGGAUCUUCACCGAGGGGCGUCCUCCUCUUCAAAUCCCUCAAAAGGCUCAUCGACGACGUCUCUUGGCGCGGGGCGAACAUCCUGGUGCUGCACGAGGUCGUCGUCAGUCCUCCCUACGACACGUCUUGCAUCACAGGCGACGGCAGGUGCAUCCCCUUUGUCCAGAGGAUCAUACAAAACAUCGUGGCAUCCGAGGAGAAGAAGCCAAAAUACGGAAACAUGUAGAUCCGUUUACUUCACUUACCGAAAGGCUGGACUUACCUAUUUUAUAAAAAGCUUUGGCUACAAGAAUAAUUUUUCAUUUAUAAUAAAUUUGAAGCAAGACAUGGUAUACCAGCAGAAUUCAUUUAAAUUUAAUUUA